AAAAUUUGUGAAAUUUUUUUAAAGAAACUCGAAAAGGAAAAGGCAGAGACAACAAAAGCAAGAAAAUGUGUGAGAGAACGUAAUCAUCAACAUUCAACAUAAUCACCUGCCAAUUUGUCUCCUGUUCAUAGCCUCAUCUGAAUCUCCCCAAAUUUUCCCUCAAUUUGCGAGGUUCCUCUUUCUCUAUACCUUGAAUUCUUUCCGAAAAAAAAUUGUACGUUUUUGGUUCUGAUCGCGUCUGUUUCCGUUGCAAUUCCUUUGAAUGUUGAUCGGAAUUUGAUGGGUAUCGGUAGGACGGGUUUAAUCCUAUGAUAUCGGUUCCUGAGCUCACAUCACUGACUUGAUAAGGUGAUGGUGGGUGAGGAAGAUAUUGAUCUCUCAGCUUUAAAAUCCCAAUUGGCUCAAACAGACGUUACUUGGAAGCUAGAGAUGGAGAAAAGUCAGUCCCAAGUGGAUGCUUUGCAAGCAAAACUGUUGGAGGUAAAAGCUUGUAUUCAAGGAUCAGAGGAAGAUACAAAGAGAGAGUUAGAUGCUCUAUGGCAUAGAGUCAGAACUGCUACAACGUUGAUGACGUACUUGAAAGCUAAAGCCAGAGUCAUGGCUGUUCCAGAUUUGGCCAAUUCCUCAUGCGGUAUCAAAGAACUAGAUGGAGUAGGCCUUGUAGAUAAAAAUGGGAUACCAUUAUCCGGUUGGUCUAGGGAUGUAGAUCUCUCGUCUUUUGAUGAUGCUGAUGAUGAAACAUGGAUUAGACUUUCGAGUAAACAUGGUCACCUUGAUGAACAAGAUGGAUCUUAUAUGAGUGAAUUACUCAGAAGUGCACAGUUGGUUACAGAUGUUAUGGAAAGUCUUGUAAAGAGGGUUAUAAUGGCGGAAUCUGAAACUGCUAUAGAGAAAGAGAAGGUAACGGUAGGUGAAGAAGAGAUUAAGAGGAAGGCGCUCCAGAUCGAAAACAUGUCUGUUAAGUUAGAGGAAAUGGAAAGAUUUGCUCUGGGUACAAAUCUUAUCCUGACUGAGAUGCGGCAGAGAGUUGAAGAUUUGGUUGAAGAAACUUCUAGACAGAGGCAGAGAGCUGCAGAAAAUGAGCAGGAGCUUUGUCGUGUUAAGAGAGACUUUGAGUCUCUGAAAUCCUAUGUCAGUAGUCUCAUUAGUGUGAGAGAAACACUUCUAUCAUCAGAAAAGCAAUUCCAGACUAUUGAAAGGCUUUUUGAGCGGUAAGUAUUCCCCUUUCGUCAAAAAGAAAUUUUCAUAACCAUAACAUGCUGGCAGACCUAUUUCCUUCUUUCCUGGCUAUGCAGUUUGUCUGUGAUGCAUGAAGUUUAUAGUUAAAUAUAUCGUUUUUCUCUCACUUUCGUACCACUGCAUCUUAUACUUGCCCUGCAGCUUGCUUUAAUAACUGGAAUACAAAUGUCAAAGCACAACUUCUUCCUGUGUGUUCGAAUAACGCUUGCCUUGCAGCUUGUUUAUAAUAAUUGAAAUACAAAUGCACAAUCAUAAAUUCACUGCAUAUUAUAUGUGUGUCAUUUGGUAAGAAGAUGCUUUGAUAGCUCCAUCAAUUGCUACCUCAUUUCUCUAGUUUGCUUGUUGGUCCCUUUUCGUUUAUAAAUGUUACUUUCCAGAGUAAAUUUUUUCCUUGUUUUCACCUUUAGGCAUUUAUUUACUUGAAGGGAAUGCAAGCGUGAACGCUCAUUUGUUCUAAGUGCUUUAUACAUUUUUCCUUCGAGUGUGGUUGAUUUAGAUCAUCAAUACCAUAAUGGACUCUUGGACAUGCUUAGUGCUAUAACGUCCCUUUUAAUCUAUCGGGCUAUUAUAGGAUCUUGUACUGAUCCAGGGCCAUCAUAGCUUCUCCUUUUCUAUUAUUUUCAAGGCUUGGGGUGGGAUGGGGGAAUAUUUGAAACUUAAUGGUGUUGGUCAUUGUUCAAUGCAAAGGGCUGGGAGCCUGGGACUGUAUGAAAUUAACAAUUUUGGGCAUUAUUCACAUGACGUUAUCAGGGAUAGUUGAAACUAAAGAGAAAUAAAAAAGUCCAAAUUGUUGCUUAUGGAGUUCUUUUACUUUAUUUUGAAAUGUGCUUUGUUGCACUAGGUAACUCCCAGAUGCAAGACAGAUAUACCAUCCGAAAUAUUGAGAAGUGAUUGGAAAGCUUGAUUAUUCUUCAAGCUUGGUUGAGAAUGUAUAGCAGUUACUAGUUUACAAUAUGGUAAGAUACAGAUUCUAGGGAAUAAAACAUCUCCUAAUAUAUGGCUGAUGUAAUAUGGUCUUAGGCAAUCCUCACCUCAUGAGCUAGCUUUUGAGGUUGAGUUGGGCCCAAGGUGUAUUUUCUUUACAUGAGUUUUUGUGAGAACUUACUUCAUAAAAAAAAUUAUUUGUGAGAAGUUCGAUCAACCAGUCGAAGCAGCAGAGCUUAGAGUCUUUACUCUAUGUAAAGUACACCUAUUUUAAGGGUGUACGGGGGCCAAAAAACACAAAAUUAAAAGGGUUUCUCUAUUUUUCAUAAAAUUACUGGGUAAAAACUAAAUUUCUUGGGGUUUUUUAUAAAAAGUUUUGGAUGUGUGCCGAGAGUUGCAGAAUGGCACCCCAAUAACCAUCUUAUCUUGCCCAGUCCUGGAUAUACUGUGUGACAGCACACUGGCUUGUCAAAGGCUUUUUUUUCUUACAUAUCAGUCCAGAAACUAAAGAAUCACAAAGUAUAAACAGUUUGAUGAUGCCAGAAUGAAAUAGUUGAGAAUAAUUAGUCUUAUAGGGUGGCCACAAAAUCAGAAAGAAGGCUUUACUGCUAGUUUGUAACUCCUCUAGGUUAAUCCAAUAUUAGGCAAUAGUGGGUAGUCAACUUCAUCAAUUAAGAAAGUUUGGCAAAUGGUUUUUGGUGAAUCGAUUAUUGAUUGCGAAAUGUGAAGAUUGAAACCUGGAUUAACGAAAAAAUUGAAAUCACAAAUUUCAAGAUGGCUGAGAUCUGAAGUUGUUGUUUUGCACGUUCUCAUGCAUAAAUGGUUACGUGUUGAAUCCUAGUUCUCUCAAUCUUUUAUUAGUAAAAG